AUGCUGCCCUACUGGGCUCAAGGCCUUGUGCCCAGAACGCGAGAACUGGCAGAUGUCCUCUGGAGGAUCCGCUCCAAUCACGAAGCUAAUGUCUGCCAUUUCGUGGCUAAAACAAGUCGCCUCUUCGUCCGGACAAGGUCAUGGCCGAAAGGUGCACAGUUCCGAGACGAGAAGGUCUUAACAAAAUGUGUGCUCCAAGCGGGCGCCAAUCCGCCAAGAGCCCAUUGGAGGGGUGCACAUGCUUCAGGACAGGCGGGAGAUGCGAGAAAUGGGUCUGCGAACAGACCAAAACAAGCCGUGAGUAGAAAAGAGGGCAGGCCUUUGUUGGGGGAGUAUAUGCGGGAGGCGAGGAAGCAUGCAGAGCACGGGUGGAAAGCACAAAAUGAGCUCACAAAUUGGACCAAUUUGACGACCCAAAUAAGCGGUCGGGUCGGGUUGGUGUCCAUACCAGUCUCAAACCUUGGCCUCGGCUUCUCUCGGUCUCGUCUGGCAACCACAACGAGCUUGACCACUGCUGGCUGGCUGUCAGUCAAGAAAUACGUCUAUUUUAAAGGUCCCACUGGCAGAACGGUUUCACUUGGAAGCCGGAGAUCUCCUGAACAUCAUCGAAUAUGUGGCCAGAUUUGGUCAAAGUGCCAGUGUACUAGGAAAAGAACUUCGAAACUUCGCGGAGUGAUCCACUAUUUCGGGGCCGAUCGCAUUCAAAGCCACCCAACAUGA